AUGGCUACCAGUGACCUGGCAUACUCUGUUGACCAAGAAAUCGCUGACUUCUUCGAGAAGACAGCAGUGACUCGCUCAGCGUGUGACACUUUUGCGAGCGAGCAUCUUGGUGGAAGCAUCGUUCCAGUGGCCGUGCAGGGUGUAUGCAGCUAUACCGUCUACGCCGGACCCAAUGCCGAAUUCGUUGUCCAGUUUCGCCUUGCGUCCGUACAACUGGGUAUGGAUAUUGCAAAUCUCGCUCGAAGCAUCUACGGCCACUUUGCACCCCAUGUGACAUUUUUGGGGCAAAUUGGAGAAGGAAGCGAGAGCAAAGAAUCCCUUUACAUCUAUGUCAUGAGCCGAGUACGAGGCAUUAGUUACUUGGAUUUUAUCCUGGCAAAUAACAGCCAGGUGCCCGAAAACUCACCUAAAUUUUCUUCAUGGCGCAGGAAUCUUGUAAUUGAUAUCGCGAAGUUUUUUGCUCUUUCGUGGAAAGGUCCGCAGCAAGUUGAUCAAACGUACCGCGACCGCUUGUACCAUCGAUACAAAGAAGACCUGGAUUCGCUACUUGUUUCUCUCCCGGCCCGCUUCCGCCCGUUAAUCCAAGAGUCUCUUAACUCAUUACCGACUAUUUUUUCUCUUCCCAUGGUACUACUCCACAAGGACUUUGGUGUCUGCAACAUUAUUGUGAACGAAGUGUCUUGCAAUCUAGUUGGAGUGAUUGAUUGGGCUGAAGCAGAGACCGCACCAUUUGGCUUGAACCUAUACUCUCACCAACGACUAAUAAGUAAGAUCCAUCUCAAGAAUGGUUGGGUUCGGUAUGAUGAUUAUGUCACUUUGGAGGACAUAUUCUGGAGCACAUUCACCAAAGAAGCUGGAGGGCUGAGCAGUGACACAAUUAGAGCCAUCAAAGCUGCACGAAUUGUAGGACUCCUGCUAUCUCGUGGCUUCACAAGUCGUCUUGCGAAUAUGCCGAAGCCAGUACCUAUUCGGGAUGAUGAAAGUGGAGCAUAUAACAUGCGUGAUCUGGAUGGGCUGUUAAUUAAUCCAGCUACAAGGUUUAUGGAUUUAGCAUAG